AUGCUGAGUCGCAGCCCAAGCCGUGAGCAACCGCACCCAACAGAAGUAGGGAUUGGAAGACCAUUUGUGCCCUCACCAGCACCACACUCCCCAGGGGAGAUGACGAAUUUAAGCUUACAUGUAAGUGUGCAUGGCAUAUCCCUACCGGUACAGUCAUAUGGGAACUUGAAAAGAGGAGGGGAGAAAAGCCGGCAGGGUACGGUACCAAAGAAGAAAAAGGCGAAUUCAGGACUAGCUAUUAGGUUCCAUGGGUAUGGGAUCAGCGGCCACGAGCUGGGGAUCAACAAGAGGGCCAAAGAGCUUGAAUUUGUGGGAUCCAGAGAGACAUAA